UGAUGAUAAUAAAGAUUAAGUGAAAUGCAUAUAUAGCAAGCAGCUGGUUAUAGUUUUACAUAUUAAUUAAUUCAUAUCCUUACGAAUAAUACAGAAAUAAUUCCAUACUUAAUUCUCAAAAUGAAGUUCUGCUUUGCUGUUUUGAUUCUUGGCCUUGUUGCUAUUGCUAACUGCCAAGAUGCCGAAAAUUCUGGAGCAUUAACACAAGAUGAAAUUUUGGAUAUAAUCAAGGAAAGUAACCCUACCUUAUCAUGUAUUAACUGGGAAUGCAGGACUACAUGUCACUCAUCAGGACACAGAUCAGGAUACUGUGCUUUAGGUACAUGUAACUGCGUUGGACUACUAACAGCUGAAAAUGAAGGACUGACCAAAUAAAUAAUAAAAAAUUAGGAUUUCCAAUUUAUGUAAAGCGAUUGUGAUUCUAAAUUUAAAAUAAAUUCUUUGAAUAUUACUAUUUUGUUUUUUUAUUUAUUUUUGAACAGUAAG